AUGGCCAUGCACCAGCAGGCAGCUGUCUCCAAGCAGCAGGACAACAUCUUCUCCAGCGGGGUAGGCAGACACACACAAUACAUUAUAAGGAUAUGGUGAUACAUUUAUGGAUGUAUUCGUCAAAGACCAGUUUUAGGUCGUACUACCUGACUUACUGACAAACCUAACCAUAGAAGCUUCUAACAAUGUAGGUGAUAAGAUAAAAAAAUAAUCAUUUAUUUAUGUGGUUCUCUGUAGCUCAAUUGGUAGAGCACGGCGCUUGUAAUGCCAAGGUAGUGGGUUCGAUCCCUGGGACCACCCAUACACACAAAAAAAUGUAUGCACGCAUGACUGUAAGUCGCUUUGGAUAAAAGCGUCUGCCAAAUGGCAUAUUAUUAUUAUUAAAUGUUCAAUGAUUCGCCCAGUGUGUCCAUUCUAAUGAGCCAACUACAUAAUUGUUUGAUUAAUUGUGUGUUUCAUCAUGCCAACCCUGUUAACCCUGCCAUGUUGCGUGUGACUGUAUGGACAUGGGACAUUAGAUUUUGCAGUCUAUAAGUAAUUUAUUCCACAUUUUUAAUGAGGUUGCAUAAUUCUAAAGUAGUUGCAGUCAUGCAAAGAAAGAGUCAAAGUGUUGUGAUUGUUGUGAUAGCCACUGAUGACUUUGUGGUACUAUGUUAGUGGAAAGUGAAGACAGCUGACCAGUGGGAGAGUUCAGUGGCCCUGCAGAAACAUGACUCCUCUCAUGGGGCUCAGAGUGGAAACAGGGGCAGACAGGCAACACAAUGGGCUAUCUGUGCCCCCUGCAGGAUCCCAUUAGUCAUAUUUUAGACCUCAAAGUUGUCAACUCCACUUUGCAGGGUGGGCAAAACAACUAUCUGCCUGGACAACAUGCUGUGAUGCACCACCCAAAAAGCAACCAACUAGAAAGAUUGCUCUGCCAUUGUGUAAACAAAAUGCCACAUGCUGUCAGGAGGCCUACAUUGAAAUGGGCAUGUGUGCGGGCAUGUGUGCAUGUGUGUGUGUAAACACACUGCAGUCUCAGUAAUGGCUGCUCCAGUAUUUUCUAUGAAUUUGCAGAUGUCUGUAAUCAAACCCAAGCUCAAUAGGCCUAUUAGCCAUACGUCUGAUCCCAGGCCAUGUAAAAAUGCAGGCAGCUAAUGAUGUUUCACUGCUUCAUUAGGUCAUGGAGGAGUCUGAGGUCUGCUCCGUGCCUGGGGGGCUCGCCAGCAUCAGGGCACAAUUCGAGACCCAGGAAACUGCAACAUCGCACAAUGUCACCCAGUUCCACUUCCACCACAGAGCUGUGCAGGUACUGUAAUUAAUGCAGGCUAAUCUCAGGCAUGCGAUGCAUGGGGGAACAUGCAGAUGUAGUAUAACCUACGCUGGUUAAAUUCCAGCCUACAAUCCAGCUAUCCAUCCAUCCGCACCACUGUGUUCCUGACCGUAUUACGUUCCCUGCCGAGUGGAAGUCACUCACUCAAGGAGGGACCACAAAUCUGGGUGAAUAUUGAAUGAGUGAAGAGGCUGGGGAGGUGCCUGCUACUACAUUAUUUUAAAGUAUAGAUGUUAGAUUUCAUUUGAUGCACUGCUAGACAGUGCUGGCCAACUUGUCAAUGGAGAAGAAUACAGAUCCCUAUAGACUGUGUGUCUGUCAAAACCCCUGGAUUUCCAACUCACAUUGCUACUGCUUUAAUUGCCUCUAUGUCUAUAGCUUGGAAUCCUCAGCUGAAGUGACACAAAGUGGCAUGAAAUAAAUGAAGUAUUCUUUGUCCCUGUAUGCAUGGUGACAGCUACUGUGUUUGAUUAAGGUGAACCAUCCAUGGAAUCGUCCCUCCUCGUCUGUCAUCCUCCCUCUGUCUGUGAUUAGUGUAAUUUGACUGCAGUAAGCCAUCUAAUUAUCAAGCUUCUAUUCCAUAUUGUUCUCAAUGAUGAACACUCUAUCUGCUGCUGUUUGAGCAUUAAUUAAACUCACUGUUGCCGCUGCUUGUGCUGGGCUGUUAAUGAGUGGGAGCCAUUCCCUGGUCUGUGUGUGUGUCUGUGUGUGUGUGUCUGUGUGUGUGUGUGUGCGUGUGUGCGUGUGCACCUGUAUGUGACAGCCAAUGUCUUCCAUCUCACAGGAAGUGGAAUUGAACUCUGAGGUGACAAUGAGGAGCAGUUCCAGGGAAGUCAUCCCAGCCUCUCAGCAGGUAAUUUUGCAUCAGGAUGAACAGGUACAUUUAGACCUUCUGGAUUACUCUGUUUCAUCACACGACAGUGAAGCUGGGCUGACUACAUAGACGUUAAUGCCUUAUAUGUGUUAACAAUAGUAAAUUAUUGUUUUUAAUCAGACUUUUUCAUUAGAGAAAAGCUCUUUAUUGACCACAGUCAGUACGCUGACAACAAGAUAGACUUAGUAGAGAGUGGAUUAACUCUAAACAGCUUGAUUCUUUUUUCAGUUAAUGUUCAUUACAUAACACAGAUUCAUUCAUGUCCCAAUACGUUUUCAUAAUAGGUGUGUGACACUCUGGCUCUAUGGACUUUGAAUAUUGAGCCAGGGUUGUUCAUUUUCAUGUGUUUGGGUGUAUUUCAUUUGGUGGUGUUGGGGAUGGGUGAGUUUCAUUUUGUUUGUGUUGUGGUGAUUGGUCUAUGACUCCCAAUCGGAGGUAACGAGUGUCAGCUGUCGGCUCGUUAUCUCUGAUUGGGAGCCAUAUAUAUUCUGUGUGUUUUCUCCUUUGUUUUGUGGGUUAUUGUUUCCGUGUUGCUGUUAGUUUGUAUCAGUAUUUGAACUUCACGUAUCGUCAUUUGUUGUUUUCUUCGUGGUUGCUUUAAAUAAUAAAGUCAUCAUGUUCACUCGCAACGCUGCGCAUUGGUCCGCUCCUUUUGACGAUCGUGACAGAAUAACCCACCACAAAAGGACCAAGCAGCGUAACAAGCGGCAACAGGACCUAUCUACACAGGAGUUAUGGACGCCUCCUAAGGAUUUUUGGACAUGGGAGGAGAUUCGGGCUGGAAAGGGUCCUUGGGCACAACCGGAGGAAUAUCACCGCCCUCGUGAAGAGCUGGAGGCAGCCAAAGCCGAGAGGAGGUGGUACGAGGAGGCAGCGCGAAGGCGAGGCUGGAAGCCCGUGGAAGAGAGGCAACCCCAAGAAAUUUUUUGGGGGGGGCACAUGGCUUGGCCAGCUGGGCAGCAGGAGGCUGCCACAGGGAGAAAAGGAGAGAAGGCUAUCGGAUUACGGGAGCCAUUGGCGAGUAGAGGGAGGGAAGUUGUUGUGGCACGGCAUGAGAGACUGAAGUGUGUUACCAGUCCGGUCCGGCCCGUUCCUGAUCCCCAGUUAAGGCCAGUGGUGUGUGUUCCCGGUACGGACCGGCCUGUUCCUACUCCACGCACCAGGUCCACGAUGUGCGUCGCCAGCCGGCCUGAACUGACCGUCUGCCCAACGGCGCCUGAACUGCCCGUCUGCCAUGAGCCUUCAGAGCCGUCCGCCAGGCAGGAGCCGCUAGAGCCUUCCGCCAGACAGAAUCAUACACCUGCUAUGGAAUCAGCAGGAGCCGACGCAGCCCAUACUAGACUGGAAGCUCAGGUUCGGGACCAGAAAGAGCAGCUCCUGCAGAUGGGAGCCGCCCUGCUGGAGGUGAUGACUGCAAUCCGAGGCUGGGGUCCGCCUCCACCGCCAGCCGCCCAGCCAGCACCAUCAGCCAGCCAUGAGCAGCCAGAUCCGUCAGCCAGCCAUGAGCAGCCAGACCCGUCAGCCAGCCAUGAGCAGCCAGAUCCGUCAGCCAGCCAUGAGCAGCCAGACCCGUCAGCCAGCCAUGAGCAGCCAGACCCGUCAGCCAGCCAUGAGCAGCCAGAUCCGUCAGCCAGCCAUGAGCAGCCAGAUCCGUCAGCCAGCCAUGAGCAGCCAGAUCCGUCAGCCAGCCAUGAGCAGCCAGAUCCGUCAGCCAGCCAUGAGCAGCCAGAUCCGUCAGCCAGCCAUGAGCAGCCAGAUCCGUCAGCCAGCCAUGAGCAGCCAGAUCCGUCAGCCAGCCAUGAGCAGCCAGACCCGUCAGCCAGCCAUGAGCAGCCAGAUCCGUCAGCCAGCCAUGAGCAGCCAGAUCCGUCAGCCAGCCAUGAGCAGCCAGAUCCGUCAGCCAGCCAUGAGCAGCCAGAUCCGUCAGCCAGCCAGGAUCCUCCAGAGCCGUCCAGCCAGGAUCCGCCAGAGCCGUCCAGCCAGGAUCCGCCAGAGCCGUCUAGCCAGGAUCCGCCAGAGCCGUCCAGCAAGGAUCCGCCAGAGCCGUCCAGCCAGGAUCCGCCAGAGCCGUCCAGCCAGGAUCCGCCAGAGCCGUCCAGCCAGGAUCCGCCAGAGCCGUCCAGCCAGGAUCCGCCAGAGCCGUCCAGCCAGGAUCCGCCAGAGCCGUCCAGCCAGGAUCCGCCAGAGCCGUCUAGCCAGGAUCCGCCAGAGCCGUCCAGCAAGGAUCCGCCAGAGCCGUCCAGCCAGGAUCCGCCAGAGCCGUCCAGCCAGGAUCCGCCAGAGCCGUCCAGCCAGGAUCCGCCAGAGCCGUCCAGCCUGGAUCCGCCAGAGCCGUCCAGCCUGGAUCCGCCAGAGCCGUCCAGCCGGGAUCCGCCAGAGCCGUCCAGCCGGGAUCCGCCAGAGCCGUCCAGCCGGGAUCCGCCAGAGCCGUCCAGCCGGGAUCCGCCAGAGCCGUCCAGCCGGGAUCCGCCAGAGCCGUCCAGCCGGGAUCCGCCAGAGCCGUCCAGCCGGGAUCCGCCAGAGCCGUCCAGCCGGGAUCCGACAGAGCCGACCAGCCGGGAUCCGCCAUUCAGCCUGGUACUGCCCCUUAGUCCGGUGCUGCCCCUUAGUCAGGUACUGUCCCUUAGCCCGGUGCUGCCCCGUAGUCCGGUGCUGCCCCUUAGUCCGGUGCUGCCCCUUAGCCCGGUGCUGCCCCUUGUCCCGGUGCUGCCCCUUAUCCCGGUGCUGCCCCUUAUCCCGGUGCUGCCCCUUAGGCCGAUGCUGCCCCUUAGUCCGGUGUUGCCCCUUAGUCCAGGUGGGGUUAGUUGGAGGGUGGUCAUUGGGAGGAAGCUACCGAAGCAGGUUGUGACUGUGGUGGGGUGGGGAUCACGACCGGGGCCAGAGCCGCCACCAUGGACAGACGCCCACCCAGACCCUCCCCUAGUCCUGAUGUUGGUGCGCCCGGAGUUCGCACCUUUAGGGGGGGGGUACUGUGACACUCUGGCUCUAUGGACUUUGAAUAUUGAGCCAGGGUUGUUCAUUUUCAUGUGUUUGGGUGUAUUUCAUUUGGUGGUGUUGGGGAUGGGUGAGUUUCAUUUUGUUUGUGUUGUGGUGAUUGGUCUAUGACUCCCAAUCGGAGGUAACGAGUGUCAGCUGUCGGCUCGUUAUCUCUGAUUGGGAGCCAUAUAUAUUCUGUGUGUUUUCUCCUUUGUUUUGUGGGUUAUUGUUUCCGUGUUGCUGUUAGUUUGUAUCAGUAUUUGAACUUCACGUAUCGUCAUUUGUUGUUUUCUUCGUGGUUGCUUUAAAUAAUAAAGUCAUCAUGUUCACUCGCAACGCUGCGCAUUGGUCCGCUCCUUUUGACGAUCGUGACAAGGUGGGAAUUUUUCUAAUAGAUGUGUCAUUCUGAUGCAGGUCACACAUGAAGAAAACUUGGCCUCCAGUUAUGAAAACAACCAUAACAAUGAAGCAGGUACUGUAGGAUGUUACUACAGUUUAUGCUCAUUAUAUUUUACAGAAUGCACAUCAUUAUGAUCAGUAGCACUGUUCAAAUUAUUUUAAAUGAAAUCAUAUGAAGUUGAUGGAUGAAUCUUUAAGAUUAUAUUGUUUUGUCAUCUUUACAUUUUUAGAGGAGGAAGGUCCUAGACUUACAACCAAGGAAUUGAGAGAUCACUUUGAGAGAACCAUUGAAGAAGCUGCCCCAAGCAAACCAAUGAAGGUAAUUGGACAUGCUUUGUCUUAAACCAAUUUUACUUCAAUGGACAGAAACUGUAUAAUCUUGGAUUAGGUUACUGCGCACAAACCCUUCUACUUUUUAUCCCCAUUGCUGAAAAAGUUUAACUUUAUUUGAAUGGUAAUUAGUUGCAGUGUAGCUAAUGUGUAAUUACAGCUUGUUAAAUAACACUAUAAGAAGUUUUCUUCCCUUGUUUUUAAAAUGAUCAAGAUUCUUCUAUUAAACCAUGUCGGGCACCAAUCCCUCAGUUAAUAACGAUGAGAUUGAAUAUUGACAAUUAGUGAUAAACAAAGAGUUGGCAUGCUAAACAAGCUAUACAUGUAAUGUUUGGAUUCAAUUUUGUUUCUGAAAACAUGUCAGGGACCUCUAAUGACACCAAUCAUUAUUUUCUUCCCAAAAAGAUUGGCCGAGCUGACAUCAAUAGGUCUCAGUGGGCCUCAAAUGUAUCACAAAAACAAGUCUCAACAAGUGAGAUACAACAUUUCUCAUCAAGUAAUAUACAGAAUUUCUCAUCAAGUGAGAUACAUAAUGUCUCAUCAAGUGAGAUAUGGGAAGAUUCUGCUACUGAAGCGAUAGAGGACACAUCUCCUGUUGCUAUUGACUACGAGAAUACAGAAUGUUUCCCUCCGUCACCUCCAGAAGACUUAGAGUACUUCCCACCUCCCCCACCAGACUUACUGCAGGUCCCAUCAGAAAGUCCAGAUAUGCCAGUAGAGUGCUACUACUCACCUGAGCCUCCGGAAUCAGCUUACCCCUCUAAACAUCCACUCAGUAAACAGGAAUACUUCAAGCAGAGAAACCAGUAUGAGUUGAAGCGCCUUUACAAGCAUAUCCAUCCUGAGGUUCGUAAAAACAUAGAGAUGUAUAGUGAUGCGGCUGUGUAUGAGAACACCCGACAGGGGAGUCAGGAGGAGUUCACAGGGGAGACGAGGUAUAUAUACGAGGAUAACGGUAGCAGCCCCAACGACUGCAUUAGCCCAGAAGAAGAAUACCUAGAAUGGGAUGAGAUCCUCAAAGGGGAGGUGCAGUCAAUGCGCUGGAUGUUUGAGAACAAACCUCUGGAUGCCAUCAAAGACGACGCCUCAAAUGAGGAUGACGACCAAAACAUGGAACAGGAGAUGAUUGUUGGGAGUGAUGUAAGAAGCAAAACAUGGAUGUUUGAGACCAAGCCCAUGGAUGCAUUGGGAUCAGACAACAUAGCUUCAACUAAAUAUAGAAACCGAUUCAAUAAGUUGGACAAAGGAGAUGUCCGUGCUGCAGCCUGGUUGUUUGAAAACCAGCCCAUGGAGACCCUGAACAAAAUGCAUGGCGAUGAAGAGCUAACCAAAGAGAUAGUAUUUACCCAGGAAGAUGGCAGCUCUACCAUAUACAUGCUUGAAUCUCAGUACAUGGAAACUUUAGGCCAUACUGAGACCAUUGAUGACAGUCACCUCCUGAGUCUGAGGUCAGUGCUUGAGGAUAUAAAGGGAGAAGUGAAGACGAUCACAAGCACAUUUGAGACUCAGUUUAUGUGCGUCCUCAUGGGACAGUCAGGCCAGAUGUUGGAGAUAACAUCUAUACGCAAAGUGGAAACUGAGAAGGCGGAAACUAAAACAUCAACCUGGCUUUUUGAUACCCAAGCCCUGGACAUGACUAAUAGACUCCCUUCCCCAGUGAAACUUGUAUGUAGCCUGUCCAUGGAAGACAACUACAAAGGAGAUGUUUACAGGGGUAGAUGGUUGUUUGAGACAAAGACCUUAGACUCCAUUAACGAAGAUGAAUGGGAAAGCUCAACGGUGCAAAAGGAAGAGAUAAUCGGAGCUGAUGUCCGAAAACAUUGCUUAGUGUUUGAAACUCAGCCAAUGGAUUCUCUGAAAGAUGAUUCAAAUGCUAGACCCCUGACUAUCGAAGAAGUUAUUGGUGGUAAUGUUAGAUCUGCAAGAAACUUCUUUGAGACUAGUCCCAAGGCAGCUUUGAAGGAUCUCAAUGAGGUAGGGAGGCUCAAAAAGGUAGUGGCAGCUGAAGAAGAGAAGGGUGAUGUAAGACACCAAAAAUGGAUGUUUGAGAAUGAACAACUAGAGAACAUAAGAGAUGAGAAGAAGGAGAUUAUUCGUACUGUGAACAUCGAAAAUCUGACUGAAGAGGAAGGUACAAGCUACAAUGCAGAUGUCCGUAAGAAUUGCAUGGCAUUUGAGACUCAGCCAAUGGAUACUUUGAAAGAUGAUUCAAAUGCUAGAACCUUUUCUAAGACGGAAAUUGUCAGAGGUAAUGUCAGAUCAGCGAGACAUUACUUUGAAACUGCUCCAGCUGAUAAUUUAAAAGACCUUGCUGAGGUUGGGAAACUACAAAAAAUGGUGAGACUUGAUGAAGAGAAGGGGGAUGUGAGACAUCAGAAGUGGGUUUUCGAAAGUCAACCCCUGGAGCACAUUCAAGAAGAAAAGAAGGAAGUUGUUCGAACCAUUAACCUGGAGGAAAUCGAUAAAGUGGAUGUCUCAAACUACAAGCAAAUAUUUGAAACCACAGACUUAACCAGAUGGGAUGAAUCUCAAAAGAUACUCGUGGAGGGUGUAACAUGUGGCUCUGUGAAAUCUAACAAACAUCUGUUUGAGUCUACACCAAUGUACGCCAUGCAAGACAGCUCUGGCCAUUACCAUGAGGUAAAAACAGUGCAUCGAGAAGAGGUUGUCAAGGGAGACGUAACAAGCUGCAAAUGGAUGUUUGAAACAUGCCCCAUUGACCAGUUCGAUGAAAGUAUCACUAAUUACCAAAUUAUUAAAGGAAUAUCCAAAGAAGUUGAGUCCGGUGAUGUUAAAACUGCCAAGUGGCUGUUUGAAACACAGCCUCUUGAUGCAAUUAAAUACUUCAGCAAUAUUGAGGAUGAGGAAACUACAACUAAGGAAAGUGUUGAGAUUGUAAAAGGUGAUGUUAAAACCGGUAAGUGGUUAUUUGAGACUAAACUAAUGAAUGUCCCAUACGAGAAGGAUGAGUUGAAGAGUGAAAAUGAGAGUGAGGAGAUACACAAAGGAGAUGUAAAAACCUGCACAUGGUUGUUUGAGACACAGGCACUUGACACUAUCCGAGAUGAGACCGAAACUGUUCUACAAACAUGCACAGUAAAUCAAGAAGAUGUCCAGGGCAAAGAUGUACGAAUGGCUCGUUUUCUAUUUGAGACAGAGAACCUUGAGAACAUCACAGGGGAGGAUGAAAGCUUUAAGAGGGUUACUGAGAUAGACAUUCAGUCAGGAGAUGUGAAUAGAAUGAAGUAUAUAUUUGAGAACCAGUCCUCUGAUAUCAUGACCUCAACAUCUGAAGAGGUUAUGCAAAUGCUCAAAACUACACAAUCAGAGGACAUCCAGAAAGGAAAUGUGGUGAACUGCAAAUGGCUCUUUGAGAACCAGUCUAUAGAUGCCAUACAUGACACCCAAGAAGAGGCUCUGGAGACCCGCACUGUGAUGGAUGUACAAGGAGGUAAUGUGGACAAAGGCCGUUUCAUUUUUGAGACCUACUCCUUGGACAAAAUCCAGGAGGUGUCCUCGGAGACAGAGACCGAUAUUACAAAGUUGCAGAAAAUCACCUGUGAGGAGGAAGAGAAAGGGGAUGUAAGGAACUAUACCAUGAUGUUUGAAACUCAGCCUCUUUAUGCCAUUCAAGACAAAGAGGGUCAUUAUCAUGAGGUCACCACUGUCACAAGCGAGGAGAUAUUGAAGGGUGAUGUGAUCGGGUCCCGGUGGUUGUUUGAAACUAAGCCUCUCGAUUCUAUCAGGGAUACAGAUGAGGUCUAUAUAAUCAAAUCCGUCACACAGGAGGAUGUUCAGAAAGGAGAUGUUACUUCAGCCAAGUGGAGAUUUGAAACACAGCCUCUUGAUAAGAUUGCAGAGGACAUUAAAGUUUCAGUUAAAACCGUUGAAGAUAUUCAAGGAGGAGAUGUUAGAAUGAAUAAACAGCGUUUUGAAUCAGAUGAGCUGUCACAGAAGUCUGUGCGAACAGUUAAUGUGAGUGAAAUCCAAAAAGGUGAUGUCAGGACAGCAAAAUGGAUGUUUGAAACUCAAACAAUGGAUAAAAUACGUAGCCAGAGUGAAGAGAAUUUAAUAGAAACCGUCAUGAAAGAGGAGGCCGUAAAGGGAGAUGUUAGACAAUCAGUGUGGCUCUUCGAACAGAAUCCCCUUGACCAUAUAAAGGAGAUAGAUGAGGAUGAUAUAGUAGUUGUUCAAGAGGAGAUCCCCAAAGCCGAUGUAAAGACAACAACAUGGCUGUUUGAAACAACUCCGUUCCAUAACUUUAAUGAGAACCGUGUUGAGAAGUCGGAAAUCCUGGGUAAAAGUAUCAAAGGAACCCUUGAGGAACUUUAUAGCCAGAAAAUUGUUAAUUCAAAAGGAAUACUCAUUGAAGCAGAUGAAAUUGGAGACAUAAGAAUGGCGAAAUACCAGCUAAUGAAUAAGGAUUCUCCAGAGAUCCAAAGAGAGGAAAUCAUCAGCGGGGAUCUGAACAACAUUAUGAUGAAUCUUUUGAACCGUCAGGAAACAAUUGAGAGGGGAGUAGUGGUAGAGUCAGAAGAGAAGGGUAAUAUCAGUACAACAAUGUAUCAAUUGUUCAACCAAGAGAGGGACGUCAAUGUGGAAAAGGAGGAAAUAUUAAGAGGUGACAUCCAGGAAGCUGUAAACAAUCUUCUCAAGGAGGGAGGAUCUGCUAAACGUGGUAUACUCCUUCAAGAGGAUGAGAAGGGAGAUGUGCGAAUGACUAUAUAUUCUCUUCUAAAUAAACAAGAGGACAUCAGUGUUGAAAAAGAGGAUAUAAUCAAAGGCAAUAUAAGGAAUGCUCUCCAAAGACUAUCCAACCCAGAAAACCAAGAGCAGAUGAGGAUAAAGGUGGAUGAGACAGAAAAGGGAAACGUAAACUUUUACUCCACAUGCAUUGAAUCUGGGGCGCUUGACUAUCUCAAACAACUACAGGUAGAGCCAGAUGAGACUCCACCUGAAAAGAUAGAGAAAGAGGAGAUUAUUAGAGGGGAUAUAAAGGGGACAAAACUCAUUCUUGGCAGUAAUCGAGCACAAAUUGAGCGUACAGUAGUUGAAGAGGACAUAGUGCGUGGAGAUGUUCGCAACUCAGUCAAGGCUUUCAUGAGUGAACCCACAAUCUCACUGGAUGGCCUACAAAAAGAGGAAAUUGUGAGGGGUGAUUUGAAAGCAGCUAUGAACUCCCUGUCUCAGUCUGUAAAUCAGACAGUGGUUGUAGAGAAAGAGGAGGUGGUGAGAGGUAACAUACACAAAACUAGAAGGCACCUUGAGUGGGCCCAAAGACAGCCCAAAGAGGUGGAAAGGCCAGAGAUUGUCCACGGCAACAUCAAAGGGGCACGGAAGUCCCUAGAGAAAUCUGCAACCUCCAAAGUUGAAGUUGGCAUCGAAGAUUUAAUUCCUGGAGACAUCAAAGGUACCUUAAAAUCCCUGGAGCAGGCAAAGCAAACAGUCAGGGUGAUCGAGAAGGAAGAGAUUGUAAAGGGUAACAUUCAUACAGCCAAGCAGUGUUUACAAGAUGCUUCUAAUGACAGAAGGACAUGUCAACAGGAAAUAGAUGUUCAGGGAAAUGUGAGAGGCACUAUUGAGCUCUUAUUGGAACCACCAGCUUCUCCAAGAAUGACCCGGAGGCCCAGCUUCGAGGGUGAUGUGAAAAUGUCCAUUAAGUCACUCUACGAGACACCUGAGGUGCAUGAGACGGGGGAGGAACAAACUCAACCAGAGAAAGAGGAGGUGAUAAAGGGUGAUGUUAAAGGCACAAUCAAAUCCUUGCUGGAAUCAGCUCAGCGUGCCUCUCCUAAAAUCAGAGUGGGAGCUAGAAGGGUCAAAGUCCCUGUGAGAUCUCCAUUGCGCUCACAGCAAGGAAGCCCUCUAUUACGUUCACAGCAAGGUAGCCCUGAAUGUUCUGUUGUAACCAAAACUGAGAGUGAGACACUUAAAAAUAAGUCUCAAAGCAUUGAAGCACAGAGAAACAUACAAAAAAUUAAGACAGCUAAUUCGGCGAAAACUGAGAGCUCAACACAAGAGAAUCAAUCCCUCUCAACUCAAACCACAAUCAAUGCAUCUGAAUCACAGACUACUCAACAAUCAAAGACAGUAAUGCAACACACAACCAUCACUCAAAACCAUGGCAUUAAAACUUUGGAGACUAAGUUCCGUAACCUCAAUUCAAGUCGAAAGGGUAUGAUCAGACUAGAUAAAACCAAAGUAAAAACAAAUGUUCAAACCCCAACACGGACAUUGUCUGAGUCUGAACUUUCUCUCCCUCCCCCACCUCCACCAUGUGACGAUCAAUCAUCCCUAACCCAGCCCUCCUCUAUCCAUAGGCUGGACUUGGACUUUCCUCCUCCCCCAACUCCUCCUCCCCCACCACCUGUUGACUCUGAGCCUGAUCAUUUCCCUCCACCACCACUGGAUUUCCUUCCACCCCCACCCUCACAGCAUGAACUGGACUCUAUGCCAUCCCAGACAACUGAUCCAUCACCAGCAAAAGCCACAAAAAUGACGGUCAAAAAGGUGAAAGGUCCUGCAUUGCACCAAGUCUCGAAACUUGAGCCAACCGGUCAGAUUCAGAAAAUUCAACAGGCAACCUCGGAGAAACAUACAACCACAGUCAACAAAUCUGUGUUGGAAAUCAGCAAAACUCAAAGUGAAUUAACAUCCUUUUCAUCAAAAACUGUUUUGUCUGAAAUCCCAAAACCCCCAGAAUCACCACGACCAUUAAAGAAAGUUUACGUCGCCCCUAUAAGAUUUACUCCUCCACCUUCUCCUCCUCCCUUCAUGAGAUCCACUAAAUUCAAAACUCCAUUAAUAAAGGCAGAGGAAAAGUACAGAAAACAGAAAGUGGGUAGUACACCCCCUGCUACACCAAGUCCCAUUUUCAUGCAUGAGUCAGUCACUGCUGCCCUUGAAAUGCUUUCCUCUGAGGAGACAGGUAUGAAGCAAUCAAAAAAGAGCAUGACAUUUGGUUUCACUCAAGAGAUGGCUGAAAAGACUGUGACCAAUGUCAAGCCAGACACACUAUCAUCUGAUUUAUUCAAGCACGCCCAAAUUUCAGAUACUCCUUCAAGCACGACUUUGAUUUCUGCUGUAUAUGGGCAAAAUCUCCCUGAAUCUGCUGUUAUUUCUGCAACUAAACAGCAUAUUGUCUCUAAUCAGACAUCCAAAGUCGUCUCCGUUCAGCACCAGACCACAUCUAUUUCCUCCACAAAGCAACAGACAGUUACCGCAACUAAACAACAGGGAACUUCAGCAUCCGCCAAGCAGCCACACUCUGCUGUAAGUAUCUCUCAAGUCCAGAGCUCAACCAGUGAUGAUAGAAAAGUUGAAGAUACAAAAACAGACAUCAAGAAGGAUGUACAAAAUAAAGGUUCCCAUAAAUCUGAGGAGAAAAAGAACAAGGAAAAUUCUGCAUCCCAAGUUCCCGAGAAGGUUUCUGUCCAGCCUACCGAAACAGUAAAGGUAACCCAAGAAACAAAUGUCAAAGCAGUGAAAUCACCCUCAGAAGACAAAAAGAAAGAUGACAUUUCUGUAUCACAAGCACCUGAGAAGGUUCCUAGUCAGCCUAUCAAAGUAGAAAAGUUAUCCACAGAAACUAAUGUCAAAACAGGUAAAAAAAAGAAGGCCAAAGGGCCAGAAAAGCAAGUAGAAGUAAAAGACACAAAACAGCCAGAUGAAACUAAGAUGGAAAACAUUUCACAGGUGAAGGUGGAAGUAAAGGAAGUCACUAAGUUGAAGGUAUCUAGUGAGCAAACACAUGCCCAGACUGACGUCAAGGUCAAGGAGGACAGUCAGAAAGCUCCUGCUAUUAAAGACAACCAACCAGCAACUCCAACUUCUGCAAGAAAGAAGAAGAAGAAGAAGUCAAAAGCUAAAGCUGCAGCUUCCACCGCAGAAUCAACUAAAUCUGUUUCUGAAAGUUCCACUCAAAGUCAGGAGAUCACUGUAGCGCAGACACAAAAUGCCCAUCAAGAGGAGCAGAUCCAGGUCCAUAAGGAAGUUAUUAUCACUGAAAGAAAAGUUGAAAGAAAAGUUCAUCAAAGUCUCCAGCAACAAGGAACAGUUAAAGUCGAAAAGCAGGUCAAGGCAUCUCAAAAUAAGAAAGAGUUGACAGUAAGCCAACAGAUUCAAGAGAAACCAAAGGCGGAGUACAGAAAUGUUCCAGUGAAAGUGGAAAGUGGAAAAAUGACAAGCAUGUCAGCACAAAAGGAACCUGCGAAGCCCUCAACAGAGAGCACUGAGGAUUCUCUAAGACGAGAACAUGUACAGAAGUUAAUCUCACAUAUAACAGAGUUAGAGGGAGCUUCAGGAAAAAUAGAUCCUAAAUCUGUGAAGACACUGCUCAAUACUAUUCCAGAGUGGCUCAUUGGUCCUGAGGAAAAUAUUUAUUUGGAGGGAACUGCAGUUGAGCAUAAUAUACAAAAGCUUACAGAAAUUGUUUCAUAUGUGAAAAAACUAGCAAAGGCAAAGUUGAUGUGUUUAGAGGGGAUCCACACUAAUCUGGAGAAGCAUGAGUGUGAACCUACUUCUGAAAAGAUCAUUGUUGGUGGUGCAACUCAAAGAAUACAUCCUAUAAGUAUUGGCUCUUUGAAAGUUGAAAAUCAAAAGAAAGUUGUGGAAAGCAAAAAGACAUCACAUGAAAGCAAAAUGCAAGAGUUGAGUGUAAAAUCUAUGCGCUCACCCUCACCCUUACUAAGGAUGCGCUCACCCUCACCCACCUUUAUUACCAUUGAAUCUACCCGGAGAACUGACUCUCCUCAGAGAAUAACCCCAUCACCUAUCCCAAUGCACAGACCAGCCACUCCCCCAACACCUCCCCCUCGCAAAUCGGAAACUCCUACAUCACGCAUCAAUAGAGCCACACCCUCUCCCACCUUCUCUAGAGCAGAGAACUUGGCGCGGCUAAAGGAUACUACAGCCAAACUUUCCCGUGGAGUGACACCACCUCCAGUUCCACUUCCUAUGCAAGUCACAGAAAGGAAAUCUGAGAUUGUGGAAUCCCCUGCAUCAUUCCAUCGGCAGAUCAAAAUUGAGGGACAAGCUGAGGGAACUUCAGAAGUUUCAGGCACAACAAUUGUCACUGCCAAAAAACACGAAAAAGAAUUUUCUAAAGAUGCUCAAAAGGCUGAUGUAAAGGUCACAGAUACAGAGUCAUUCCAUCAAACGGAUAAAGAAGUCAUGGAAGCUUCUGAAAAGUCAGACUCGUCAAUGGUGACUACGUCAGUGACAAACAAGAGGGAGUUUUUUGAAGAUGCUCAAAAAGCUAAAGUAAAUAAGACCAAUGUGCGAAAAGAUCCCAUCGACAUCCCAGAGCACUUGGGCCCAGACAUGGAGGAGCCCAAAACAACAAACCAAGAGAGUAAGGAUGACACACAAAGCACAUCUGAGAAGGUCACAGAGAACAAUGCUGAAAUAGUGGGAUCUGCAAAGUCAACUGAUAAAGAAUUGAUGGAAGCUUCAGAAAUGUCAGACUCAUCAGCAGCAACUACAUCAGUGAGAGACAAGAGAGAGUUUUUUGAAGAGGCUCAUAAAGCUAAAGUAAAUAAGACGUAUGUGCGAAAGGAUCCCAUUGAUAUCCCUGAGCGCUUGGGUCCAGACAUGGAGGAACUCGAACCAGGAAACCAAGAGAACGAGAAGGAGGACCUUCCAAAGGUGGACUUGUCAGGAUUAGUCAACAAAUUUGAAACAGCAGAAGAUAAAGUAUAUGUCAGGAAGCCUAUCACAAUGAGAGAAAGACUUGGGAGUGAGACGGAAUACACAGAGACUGACAUAGAAAAUACAGAAACCCAAGAAGAGGAAAUGCCAACUUUUGACAUCAAGGCUAUUAAAAAUGUUUUUGAAAUGGUUGAGCAAAGUCCCUCUUUCAAAGGGGAGAAAAAUAAACAGGAGGAGCUGGAGUCAAACCUGAGUGAAAACACAAGAGACAGUUCAAAGCAGGAUAACACCCAGGAGACACAGAGGGGCUCCGGGCAGAUCUCGCCCCUGCCUUCCCAGAAAGAAGUGCAAAUCAUGUCAGCAAACCCAACAGGCUUCUCUGAAACCAAGUCAGUCACAGAGCAUUUCUCAAGCUUAGAUGAAUUCGGCAACAAGACAAUUGGAUCACUGAGCAGCACAACUGUUUCCCAGCACUCAGAGAGCAUAACAACCCACCGUGCCCCUUUCUCAUAUGCUGACGUGGUUAAAAAAAAAAAAAAGUCUGAGAUGACGCUGUCUGAAUCCCCUGAAGAGGCUUCCACUGAAGAGUUGCUGAGGAAUUUCCACAAAACAUGGACGGAGAGUGAGAGUGUUUUCAAGAGUCUCGGCUACAGUGUUUCAGAGGAGAGAACAUCACAUGUUCUGUCACAUCAAACGAAGACCGUUGUUACUGGUAAAGACAGUUGUGCUGCCUGCAUGAUGGGACUUGAAACUAACAGGAUAUAACGGCAUGUAAAAAUGCCCUCUCCAAUAUUCAAUGAGACCUAACAUGUUUACAUGUGCCUGUUUUUACAUGGAGAGUAAUUAUUGUGAAUGGACAAAUAACUAAUGCUUCAAUUAAUGAAUCAUGGCAAAAGAACAAGAGCUAAGCAUGAUACGAUGAUGACAUGAGGGAAAUUAUGGAAUAGAAUCUCACACAUCCUAUUUAAAUGCAACCAUUCAUGUUUGACCAUAAAAAAACAACACAAAGUACAAGUUUGGGUCAAUACUGUUUGCCAUCAGUAAAGAACGUUUGAGAUUUUUGAAAAUUAUUUUUUCAUUUCACCUUUAAUGUGAUUGCACUUGUUUGAUGAUGUAUAUACAACCUGGUCUCAGAGCAUUUUGUAUUAUUCUGUAUGUAAAUCCGAGACACUCCAUUUUGUAUGAUAUGUUACGUUUAAUAUGGUAUGUAUUAUUUUGUGGAUGUCCAUCCCCCAUUUCAUAUGAUAUGCUACGAAUUACAAUUUGUAUUAUAUGUUACGAAUUUGCUAAAUGUACAAUAAGUUACGAAUUUAAAAAAAGGUACUAUAUGUUACGAAUUUGCAAACGUAUGAUAUGUUACGAAUUCUAGCGAAAGGCUAACGUUAGCUAGCUGCCUAAGGGUUAGGGUUAGGGGUUAUGGUUAAGGUUAGGGUUAGGUUUAGGAGUUAGGUUAAAGGGGAAGGGUUAUCUAAAAGGGUUAAGGUUAGGGUUAGGGGAAGGGUUAGCUAACAUGCUAAGUAGUUGCAAAGAACUAAAAAGUAGUAAGGAGUUGAAAAAUGGCUAAUUAGCUAAAAUGCUAAAGUUUGAACUCGCAAUCUUUUGGUUGCUGGACGUUCGCGUUAUACCCAUCCACCCGACCAACCACCCUACUUUCAAUGUUUGCCUUAAGUAACCAUCGGUCUUCUGUAACCAUACCAAACGUAACAUUUCAUACUCAUUUGAGUGUCCCGGAUUUACGUUGACUAUAUUACGUCUAGUCUAUGAGACCAGGCUGAUAUACAUGUACACAGUAUAGACACUGAGUGUACAAAACAUUAGGAAUAAUGAGUUGCACCCCCCACUCAGUGUAUACUACGCAUGAUCAUGAAAAUUAUGCCUUGAUAACAUUUCUUAAUAUUACUGAGUCAUUGUGUAUGUUUUAUAAAAAUACUGAUAUAAUGAUGUUAACUUUUCUCCGGCAGACUCUAAUUCCCAAGUCGACACUUUGCACUGUGUGUCAGAGGAGGGUCUAUCUGAUGGAGGCUCUAAUAGCGGACAGAAAAUGUUUCCAUAAAUCCUGUUUCUGCUGCGAGCACUGCCAAAAUAAAUUAAGGUAAAGUACACAUCACCCAACCAAGGUGAAUUCAAAGUAAGUGGAUUUUGGCUGUGAACUGGUAAGCAGUGCUUGAAUGGUUUUGCUCCUACAGUUUGUGUCUGCACAUAGGACACACAUUCUAUUGUGCUAUGUUUGCAAAUUAAGCAGUAAAAAGUUUGACAUGAUUGUGGAAUCUUGUAAUUAAUGAUAUCCCUUCUCCAUGCUUCACUGUUUUGAAUAAUAAUUUGUUCUGUCUCCUCCAGUCUUGGCAACUAUGUCUCUCUCCAUGGACAUCUGUUCUGUUUACCACACUACAAACAACUCUUCAAGUCCAAAGGGAACUACGAUAAUGGAUUUGGACAGACACUUACCAAUGAAAAGGAUGUCAGUGAAAGUGGCAGUCAUCACCUCAGAGCAACUUGA